CGCAGAAGCCACUAAGUAAGAAAAAGAAAUCUCCCCACGCGAUGAUGGACCUCUGAUAACGCUACCAUUGUCUUUCUUCUAUAAUUCUAAUAGAGGAGAUAUUCUGAGGAAGAGAAUAAACCAGGAAAAAUGCCUCUAGAAGGUGUCAAGAAUGUCGUGCUGGUCCUCUCGGGCAAAGGCGGCGUUGGCAAAUCCUCCGUGACUCUCCAGCUCGCGCUGUCUCUCUCGUUACAGGGCAAAUCCGUCGGCAUUCUAGACGUCGACCUUACAGGUCCCUCAAUCCCGCGCCUAGUGGGACUCGAAGAUGCAAAAAUCACCCAAGCACCGGGUGGCUGGCUACCCGUCGUCGUACACGAUGCCAUAACUGGAGGCUCUGAGACCGCGAAACGAGGCUCGCUCCGCUGCAUGUCCCUCGGCUUCCUCCUUCGCGAUCGCGGCGACGCUGUUAUCUGGCGUGGACCCAAGAAAACCGCAAUGGUGCGCCAGUUCUUAACGGAUGUGUUUUGGGGCGAGACGGAUUACCUCCUCAUCGACACUCCGCCGGGGACAAGUGAUGAGCACAUCGCCCUGGCAGAGCAGUUACUGACGAUGUCUACGACAUCUGUUGAAGCGUCCUCUUCAUCUGGCCUACCUCGUCUCGCUGGUGCGGUUCUCGUCACUACGCCACAAGCGAUCUCCACAUCUGACGUCCGGAAGGAAGCCAACUUCUGCGUCAAGACUCGAAUUCCUAUCUUGGGAGUCAUAGAGAAUAUGUCUGGUUAUGCCUGUCCGUGUUGCGGGGAGGUGAGCAAUGUGUUCUCGAGCGGCGGUGGUCGAGUCAUGUCUGAGGAGAUGGGUCUUCCGUUCCUAGGCGCAGUGCCUGUGGAUGUAAAGUUCGGGGAAAUCGUCGAGGGCAAAAUUCCCGCGGGUCUAGAGGACGAGAGCGAUGAGGAGGAUGAAGAAGAAGGGCAGCAAAAUGGGACCGUUGAGGAGGAUCAUCGACCUCUCGUGGAAAGGUAUAAGGAUUGCUGGUCCCUGCCGAUCUUCGAGGGGUUCGCGAAGACGUUGCUUGAAAAUAUAGAGAGGGAAUGAGGCCCACGUCUUAAUUAUGAUUCUGGUUCUUGUUCGUUGCUCUAGUUUUGUUUCCCGAGACUGUAUGUUACAUUUCUUUGCAUUUCCGGUCCGAGUUGUAGGCCGGGGGGUGUAUUUUCCUUUGAUUACGGGAAAAGUGCUUUGAGGGGACCCUAACUAUUCGAUACCACCAUGUUAUGUUGUUCAGUUCUUGGUUAUAUUAUGUGGCAUACGACUCUUAUUAGACUGCGUUUAAGAGGGUUGUUUCCGUUAUCAUUCAUACUAUCUAUUUGAGAUGAAGAAGAUAUUAUUGCUAAAGAUAUUAUUGCUAAAUGAAUUCAACUAC